AUGCUGCUUUCAGCAACGGGCAUCCCAGGAGCUGAAGCCGUGCAAUUCACUGUGAAGGGCAUCGUGGUCCCCUACAUCCAGGUGAUUGUCAUCGUGAUCGGGUUUGUCUUGGUGGUCAUCGCGGUGUUUCUGGCGGGCAUCAACUAUGAGAGGAGACGAGCACUUCGGCAUCAUCCCGGUCCCCAAGGACUACAAGAACCACUUCUAGUCCAUGGUGAUGGAGCUCAAAUGGAGUUCGACCCGGAGUUCGAGAUGAGUGACACAAGUAGCGAUGAGAUGAUGGAUGCGAUUCGAGAUGGUGGAGAAGGACGGCAUCAACAAGACGAGGAAGAGGAAGAAUCUGAGCUGCUGGAACAAGACUUCGGUAGCGACGAUGGUCUAGCCAGACCAGUGACCUACGAGGGGGACAUUGUGACUCCAGUCCUAACACCCAGGCUGGGCGAUGGAACCCGAGUGUUCGCCACCAAUGGCGAGACGGUGAGCUGGCUGACCCCGGGCCAAGUGGCCUAUCUUCAAGGAGAAGGUCGAGUGGUGCUAUCUGACAGAGAAGUGAACCAACGACGAGCUGCACUACAAGCAGAGAUGCCUCCCAGCAUCAAUGAGGUGCUCACAGCAGAGGUUAUGCACGAGAUUGCGGAGGGCACCUACCGGGGAUCAUUCCGACUGCCGAUCGAUGCGAGCGAUUGGGAUGGAGUUGGUCCUGAAGAGCGAGCCCUACGAGUUCAAGCGCUGGAGGACAGUUUACUCCUUGCGCUACACCCUGAAGAAAUGGACGACGAGCUUCGCGUGGAAGCAAGAGCCCUGAGAGCCCAGCUCCGUACAGCUCGAACAGUUGAGCAAGCCAUCGAAGAAAGGCGACGUGGCGGUGCGACCGCUGUGGAUGGAGAGAAAACAGAGAAGUUCUACCAGCCAAUUGAAGGCAACACUCAACACAUUUAG